CCAAUCAGCUAAUCAACUCAAAACACCUGCAAAGGUUUCCUGAGCCUUCAAAAUGGUCUCUCAGUUUGGUUCACUAGGCUACACAAUCAUGGGGAAGACUGCUGAUCUGACAGUUGUCCAGAAGACAAUCAUUGACACCCUUCACAAGGAGGGUAAGCCACAAACAUUCAUUGCCAAAGAAGCUGGCUGUUCACAGAGUGCUGUAUCCAAGCAUGUUAACAGAAAGUUGAGUGGAAGGAAAAAGUGUGGAAGAAAAAGAUGCACAACCAACCGAGAGAACCACAGCCUUAUGAGGAUUGUCAAGCAAAAUCGAUUCAAGAAUUUGGGUGAAUUUCACAAGGAAUGGACUGAGGCUGGGGUCAAGGCAUCAAGAGCCACCACACACAGACAUGUCAAGGAAUUUGGCUACAGUUGUCGUAUUCCUCUUGUUAAGCCACUCCUGAACCACAGACAACAUCAGAGGCGUCUUACCUGGGCUAAGGAGAAGAAGAACUGGACUGUUGCCCAGUGGUCCAAAGUCCUCUUUUCAGAUGAGAGCAAGUUUUGUAUUUCAUUUGGAAAUCAAGGUCCUAGAGUCUGGAGGAAGGGUGGAGAAGCUCAUAGCCCAAGUUGCUUGAAGUCCAGUGUUAAGUUUCCACAGUCUGUGAUGAUUUGGGGUGCAAUGUCAUCUGCUGGUGUUGGUCCAUUGUGUUUUUGAAAACCAAAGUCACUGCACCCGUUUACCAAGAAAUUUUGGAGCACUUCAUGCUUCCUUCUGCUGACCAGCUUUUUAAAGAUGCUGAUUUCAUUUUCCAGCAGGAUUUGGCACCUGCCCACACUGCCAAAAGCACCAAAAGUUGGUUAAAUGACCAUGGUGUUGGUGUGCUUGACUGGCCAGCAAACUCACCAGACCUGAACCCCAUAGAGAAUCUAUGGGGUAUUGUCAAGAGGAAAAUGAGAAACAAGAGACCAAAAAAUGCAGAUGAGCUGAAGGCCACUGUCAAAGAAACCUGGGCUUCCAUACCACCUCAGCAGUGCCACAAACUGAUCACCUCCAUGCCACGCCGAAUUGAGGCAGUAAUUAAAGCAAAAGGAGCCCCUACCAAGUAUUGAGUACAUAUACAGUAAAU